UCUCAUUUAUACCCUAGCAUACCCUGGCCCUGCGUUCCAAAAGGCUGAAGUAACCACUUCGCCGGAAACCUAUUUAGCCCUACAUAUUCAUAUACUGUAUAUAUGCGCACACAAACACACACAUACUAUAUUGUUUCUCUGGUCGGAAAGCUUAUCAAAGGUGCCGUCUAGCUCUUUCAAUCUCUCUGCAAACCCUAGCCCCAACAUUUUUCCAAUUGUAUCCACUGUGCACUGAUAUGAUGGUAUAACGAAUUCAAGGUUUAUUUUACGAUCUAUAUUAAACGAGCAGUGAUUGGAAAUAAUGCCAUUUUGGAACUCCAACCACUCGAGAAGGUACUUUUCCCGAUUUUCCGAUUCCAUUAUCUGCACUCUUCGGAGGGAGUCGAAGAUUGACGCCGGCAUUGCCUGCUUCCACAAUCACACUGGUACAAGAUCCUCCCUACCUCCUCCUCCUCCUCAUCGUCUGGAUCAAUCCGAGGUUUGGUUCGUUAAGGUUGUAUGUACUGUCUGUUUCCGAUUUUCGCCUUCUCUCGAUAUAUUCCACUCUAAUUACUUCUCUAAGAACUUGACACCCACUAUUGCUUUCAACGUUAUUAGAUGCAUAGGCACUUUUAUCAAUAAUCCACAUUUAGCUUUCAAUUUCUUUCAGUUUACCAAGAACAAUUUGAAGCUCUUUCAUUGUUUUGCAACAUAUGAUUUUCUUUUGAGGUCUCUUUGCCAAAUGGGUAUUCAUGAUUUGGCCAAAUUGGUUUAUGAGUACAUGAGGGUUGAUGGGUAUUCGCCAGAUAGUUCCUGUCUCGGUUUCUUAGUAUCGUCCUUUGCCCACAUUGGUGAGUUUGACGUUGCCAAAGAAUUUCUGGUUCAAGCUCUUUCUAGUGAAAAUGUUGAGGUUAGUCCUCAGGUAUAUAAUAAUUUGUUGAGUCUAUUAGUGAAAGGAAAUCGGGUAGCUGAGGCUGUAUGUUUCUUUAGAGUUCAUAUUUUGAGCUCAAAGAACUGCAAUGUAGAUACCUUCACCUUUAAUAUUGUCAUACGAGCUCUGUGCGGAGCACGAGAGGUUGACAAAGCUUUUGAGUUUUUCAAUGGCAUGGGGAGAUUCAAUUGUUUGCCUAAUCUGAUGACCUACAAUAUUCUUAUAAAUGGAUUGUGUAGGGUCGGUGAAGUGGACAGAGGGCGUGAAUUAUUGAGAGAAAUUCAGUCAGGAAAUGGGUUUCAUCCGGAUGUUGUAACUUACACGUCUAUGAUAUCAGGGUAUUCCAAGUUGGGUAACAUGGAGGCGGCUUUAAAUAUUUUUGAUGAGAUGAUUAAUUGUGGAACUAAACCAAAUUUGUUCACUUUUAACGUCCUUAUUAAUGGGUUUGUCAAGAAAGGUGACAUGGCUUCGGCGCUGAAUAUGCAUGAGAAGAUGCGUUUUCUUGGUUGUAUUCCUGAUGUUGUCACCUUCACGUCUCUUCUUGAUGGUUAUUGCCGGUCCGGGCAGGUGGACCAAGGCUUAAAGCUUUGGGAUGAAAUGAAUGUUAAGAACUUGUAUCCAAAUGUGUAUACUUUUGCAAUUCUUAUCAAUGCUUUGUGCAAGGAAAAUAGAAUAAAUGAGGCCCGUGAUUUAUUGAGGCAGUUAAAGUCGAGGGGUGAUAUCGUUCCCCGGCCAUUUAUCUACAACCCUGUGAUUGAUGGGUUUUGUAAGGCUGGUAAUAUAGACGAGGCAAAUGUGAUUGUUGCAGAAAUGGCUGAGAAGAGAUGCAACCCCGAUAAAUUGACAUAUACAAUUCUCAUCAUCGGUCAUUGCGUGAAAGGGCGAAUGCUUGAAGCAAUAAGCAUUUUCAAUAAGAUGUUGGCAGUUGGUUGUGCCCCAGAUGCAAUUACUGUAAAUUCUUUAAUAAACUGCCUUUUGAAAGCUGGGAUGCCUAAUGAAGCUUUUAAGAUAAUGCAAACUGCAUCAGAGGACUUGAAGUUGGAUAUGCCAUCUUUGAGGAGAACUAUUCCAUUUAAGACCAAUAUGGAUAUUACAGUGGCUGUUUAAUUGAAAGGGUUGUUUCACUAAUCACUAGUGCACUUGGCUUUGUGGACCUAGCAGUUGGAUGUGGUACAUCCACCAUUAUGCCUCAAGAAUCGGAAGAAACAAUUUUAGCUUGGAGCUGUAAUAAACCAACAAGCGGAACGUGAUGAAUGGUUCAACUCUGCUGCUUACCGAGCCAAGUUUUAUUUCCUUUUCUGAUGCCAGAGGGAAAAUUAGCUUCUGCUGUGAGCAACCGACUGAAAAGGAUUCAGAGUCAUAUGGACAAGUUAGCAGGUGGAGGAUGAUGUUGAUGACGAUGUUGGGUAGCUUCAGCUAUAUAUAAACCACAUCUUUCGAGGUCUGGCUUCUCAUGAAACCUCAUUUGGCAGAGGCUAUGAAGCAGGUGCAUGAAUCUCCCGAAUGGAUUCAUUUGACAUGAAAAAAGAAAACCAUCUCUCAUCCACCAGAUAACACUUGUUUGUGACUGCGGGUUCAAACUCCGAACAAUUCCUCUAAUAUUUAUCAUCCACCGGCAGAAACAUUUUGAAAAUUUUAAUGCUGUAUUUGAUUAAAAGGGGUGUAGCGAAGCAAAAGCGGGUGUGUGAGUUUCUCGACAAGUUUUAAACUCUAUCUAUAUAGUUCCGUAUAGAUAUGCACAUUUUGCAAUGAGAAUAUCCUUUUUUCA